CAGCAUGGCGGCCAGCCGCGCACCGCCCUGCUCUCUGCCUUCCUGUCGCAGCCGCCUGGACCCUGUGGUCCGCAAGUGCUUGCUGUGAGCCCGCCGCGCGUCAGCCCGCCCUCCUCCCGCCCUCCUUCCCUUGUCGCCUCUGCCAGCCCAGGGGGGCGGCUGGGCGCACCGCGCCCACCCGUCGGGGCCCUGGGACCAUGGAGGACGUGAAAUUGGAGUUCCCUUCGCUCCCGCAGUGCAAAGACGACGCCGAGGAGUGGACUUACCCUAUGAGACGGGAGAUGCAGGAAGUUUUGCCUGGAUUGUUCUUAGGCCCAUACUCUUCUGCUAUGAAAAGCAAGCUACCUAUAUUGCAGAAACAUGGCAUAACUCAUAUAAUUUGCAUACGGCAAAAUAUUGAAGCAAACUUUAUUAAACCAAACUUUCAACAAUUAUUUAGAUAUUUAGUCUUGGAUAUUGCUGAUAAUCCAGUUGAAAACAUAAUACGUUUUUUUCCUAUGACUAAAGAGUUUAUUGAUGGAAGCUUACAAAAUGGAGGAAAAGUUCUUGUCCAUGGGAAUGCAGGUAUCUCUAGAAGUGCCGCCUUUGUUAUUGCAUACAUCAUGGAGACCUUUGGGAUGAAGUACAGAGAUGCAUUUGCUUAUGUCCAAGAAAGGAGAUUUUGUAUUAAUCCUAAUGCUGGAUUUGUCCACCAACUUCAGGAAUAUGAAGCCAUCUACUUAGCAAAAUUAACAAUACAGAUGAUGUCACCACUCCAGAUAGAAAGGUCCUUAUCUGUUCAUUCUGGUACCACAGGUAGUGUGAAAAGAACACAUGAAGAAGACGAUGACUUUGGAAGCAUGCAAGUGGCAACCGCACAGAACGGCUGACCUGUGACAACUGUUAAUUGCACAAGAUGGCUGACCUCUGAGGACUGUUAGAUGGGUGUGAGCUUCCAUCUGGGAAGGAGAGGAUCCUAGUGGUGAUAAUGUGACAUGGUAAACACACAAGUACUUUCUUUUCAAUUAUACGUUGCUUCCAGACAUGGUUCUCUGCAACUUGUUGAGCAACACUUUAAGAUGUUGGACUUCUGCAGUAGAUGGCGCUGAUGGGUGAUGGGUUUACUUUAAAAAAAAAAAAAAAAAAAAACUAUGGUUUUAUUAUAAACCAAGAAUUUUGGACUUGCAAAGAGGUAUUAUUGCAAUAAUGCACUUUUCAUACUUGAAAUUUAUUUGUAUGAUAUAAAGUUAUUACUUUAAACAAAAUGCAAGUUAGGGGGAUUUGUUUAUAGAUUUUGGAUAAUUUAUAACAAACAAAUUUCCUAAUGUUUCCUAAAAACUCAUUUUGUGUUAUAUAUAUUACAUUUAAAGUAAUUUUACAGUUCAAUUUUAUGAUGGAGCCUCUUACAGAAAUGUUAACAAAAUGUAGAACUCAUCCACGUUUUUUUUUUUUAGUAUAAUUCAGUAACUUGAUUACCAUUUUUUUAAACUUCUUGGUCCCAUAUCUUUAAAUCAUGACUUUAGCCAACUAGCCUACUUUACUAAUUUAAUACAGUUAAUACUUCCUUUCCAAUUGCCUCCCUUACUCUAAAUGAGAAAAGUUGAAAUGAUCAAAGAAAGAAGUCUUAUUUUCCAGAACCAGAUACUCAAAAAAUAAGGAUAGUGUUAUAUUUUCCGUAUGACUUUUUUCUCUUUACUGGUUAAGCCAAAUGUAGACUUGGUCUUUUCAGAGUUGCCUAGCUCUUCUAACUUUUAUCCAAAAUGGUUCAAAGUAGACCAAACCAAUGUAGCACUGUUUCUUCAAUAUGAAACCCCCAAAAGAAAAGUGCCUUGCAUCAACAAACAAGCAAAUCCUCAUGACUUCUAAAUUAGUAUAUAAAGCAGUGAAAAGCUAUUAACAUUUUUCUUUAAUUUAUUGUUUUAAAACCAUAAAUUAAAUCUGAUGCUUGAAGAAAGUAAAUUAUUUGGAAUGAGACAUUUACUUCUAUUUUACGUUGUAUUACUUCUGUGAGGUUCAGCUGACAGCUUUGCUUUGAAGAUGUAGCCAUUGGGGAAAACAGUUUGUGGGUGGCUUCAGUGUAUUGUAAAUUACUGUUUUGUUCCUAAAUUAACUCAAAUUUACACCAUAAUCUGCAUUACCAAUGUUGUCAUUUUAUGGCUCUUUAGUUUUCCAUGUUUUUAUCAAUAUGUAUAAAAGUUGUUCUACAAAAAAACAUUUUACUAUUGUAAGUGUGAUGUGCAGAAGAGAGAAGUGUUUUAACUUUUUGUAUGUGACUUUAGGGUAGCACAAACCCAGCUCCUUUAACAAGCUGAAUGUUCCUCAGUCCUCUUCCGAGGUGCUUUACUGUUGGGAAUGAUACCCGCACACUUCCAGGGUACCAUGAGGCACUGUGUAAGGUAACAAACAGGUUACACUUAAGUUACUUGGCUUUGCUCACCACCUUAUGACAUUAACAGCAUAGAAAGGCUCUUUGUCCUUCACAGUGGGAGCCUGAAUAUAAACCAGAAUUACUGUUACCUUGAUCUUUAUCCUCUUCUGGUUUCCAUCCCAUCUCCGAUCUUUCAGUUCUAAAACACAGCAUUGCUUUUAAUUCUAUUGUGUCACAGGCAUGGUGGUCUAGUAGAGCCAAGAUUGCAUUGAGUAUUCAAAAAUUCCUGUAUACACAUCACCACCGGACAGGUCAACAAAGAUCUCUCUUGGAGUCAACCCAUAAUCUAUGACUCGUUGAACAGAAAUUGUGCUUAUUAAAGCAAUCUCCAUUUUAAAAAAUGGUUUUUCCAAGAUGAGAUGUUUGAAAUAACUUUUUUUAAAGUAAGUUUUAUAAAAAUACAUGUUCCUCUUUAAAUAGGAGUCUGUCCAAAAACACAGAGGUUAUUGACAGUCAUUUGUAGCUGGUAAUUUUCCAUUUUUCUAUCCACUGUCAUUUUUUUUCUUUUCACAUAAAGUGCCUAUCCAGCACGAUAAACUGGAGAGUCAUAGACACUAGGACUGCUACCAUGUUGAGCACAGCUGAUAUGGACAGAUGAGGUUUGUCCUUCCAUAAGAAGCCUCCAAGCUUCUUUGAUUCCUCUGUAUUUACUGUCUAAGUAGCUGUCUUAGGUUCCAUUUCCAGUGUUUUGUAAGUCAACUAUGAUAAACUUAUCCAAUCAUGAUUUAUUCUCUAGACAACUUGAAUAAUGUAUGAAUGUUCACCCAGUUUCAACAUUAAAUAUGUAAGCUGGGCUCAUAAUUAAAACUAUACAUUUUUAUCAAAACAUAGGGAAUUUUAUUACUCCCCACUUUGAAAGUUUGAGACAGCUCCUGGAAACUGGAGUGGAGAAGGGAGUCUUCUCCUAAUUUAACUGAUUCCUGUUAGUUUCUUGUUUGUUAGAUGUUUUACCAACUCUAUGGUAGGAAGGAAUGUUCCAGUGUGAUAACUCUGCCACCAGCUUUCAACCGCUUCUAGAGCAGACUAUUCAUUUGAAAGGGGUGUAGGGUUGUACUUAAUCUGAGUCUAGAAGUAAUGUCAGAAAAAGUUAAGCAUGUCCUUUGUAAUAAAACAUAAGGUUCUUAAUUGUUUAAUUACUAUGGAAUUCAAAUUAAUUAGAAGUAUUUAAGUGCAAUCUUGAAUUAUGAAGUUGAGAUGUAUAUAUUAGGAUGUCAACUUGAUGUAAAGUAAAUAAGCAGUUACCUGAUGGAUCUUUUUUAAUAACUGGUUUAAUCCACAAUCCUAAAGCAUAGCUCCACCUCAGUAUUUACAGUAUCUUUGUCCAUUCAGCAACACUCCAAUGAGGAAAUAGUAGGAAAUAGCUGAGAAUUAUGCAAGGGUUUUAUUUUUUUUUAAUUAGGAAAAUAAGUUUCUAGAGUCUUGAGUGCUGGAUAAUUCUUUUGUCUUUCCCAUUCAUGGCAGCUAAAAAAAAAAAAAAAUCACUCAAAAUAUUCAGGUUUACAUGUUAUGCUUCUCUUACAGGGAGCUACCAUACCUCACAGUUCAAAGUGUUUUCUCAAUCAGUAACAUGAUAGUGACAUGUAAUUGCAAUUUACUAUGCAGCAAAAGUGACUCAAGAAAAGUAACAUACGUGUCUAUUUACCUCUGUAUAGGCAAUUGCUUACGUUAUUCUACAUUUAACAUUUGUACUCAGAUAAAAUACUUAUGUAUGUAUAGGAAUGUCACAGUGCAAGAUGCUGCUAGCCUGGGCACAAAGUAUUAAAAUUAUUUUGUGAAGACUGGUGGUUGUAUUAAAACUGUUGUGCCAUUGUACUUCAAA